AAAUCCAAAAAAGCUCUGUUCUGCAUAAUGUACAGACAGUUUCAAUAAGAGCCAAUCUGUAAUUUGGGGUGUUAUUUAUUUGAAUUCACUCAGGAUUAGUUAGAAAAGUGUUAAAUUUCACAUCUCCACAUGUAUUCUGUGGCGAUAAAACCUUUAGGUUGUCACACUGCAGGAAUGCAACACUCCAAUUACGUAAUACACAGUAUUGUGUUUCGUCCACAAAACUGACAUACCCUCGUUUUAUCUGAACAGAGGGACAGAGAGACACAAGACAAAGCAGCCGGAGAGGAGGGAGGAGGACAAGAGAUAUUUUGACUCCCAAAGGAGAAAGAAAGUGUAUUUUGUGGAUAAAGGCCCGUGUGCUUGUGUGGAUCUGUGGGUGUGUGUGGUUGUGCGUCAGAGGGAGGCGUGUUGUGGUACGAUCAGCUGUGUUGAGAUGUGGACAGUCAGUCCGGCUCUGUUGCAGCGGGGGCCACAUUACACUGGCUUCUCCUGAGUCCGGCUCCUCUUCAAAGCUCAAAUACAGAUCCGACUAUGAGCCCACUUAGGGAGACGUCUAAAAAAUGACAGAACGACAGAUGGCUUCUUCUGAAAGGAGCCUACGUAUCCAGGGUGAUGACAACCUGAAGUCCAUGAUCGUCGGCACAGUGAUGAGAAAAAUCAAGUCUCGCACAUGGAAAAAGCAGCGUUAUUUCCGGCUACAAGAAGACUGCAUGACUAUAUGGUACAAGAGCAAGAAAGCUGGAAAUGCCCACUCCACCUUUUCUGUGGGUGAUGUGGAGGCCGUGCGGGAAGGGCAUCAAUCUGAGGUUCUGCUUAGCAUUGCUGACGAGUUCCCACCUGACCGCUGCUUCACCCUUGUGUUUCGUGGUCGACGAGGCAACUUGGACCUAGUGGCCGAAUCAGCAGAGGAGGCACGAUCAUGGAUAAAUGGGAUACGCAAACUCAUCGAUAACCUGGAGAACAUGGGGCAGAGAGAGAAACUAGACCAAUGGAUAUGUGAUUGGUUCAAAAAAGCAGACAAAAAUAGAGAUGGGCAGAUGAACUUUAAGGAGAUCAGAGAUCUGCUGAAGAUGAUGAACGUGGACAUGAAUGAGCAUCAUGCUCUCCGUCUCUUUACGAUGGCGGACAAGUCUCAGUCAGGUACUCUUGGAGACGAUGAGUUUGUGCUGUUCUAUAAGAUGCUGACUCAGCGUGAAGACAUCCUGCGAGUGUUUCAGGAAUAUUCAAGUGAUGGGCAGAAGCUAACACUCCAAGAUCUGAAAGAUUUCCUGCUGGAGGAGCAGCUUCACGAGGAUGGAGUUCAGCAGUAUGCACUCAAUCUCAUUGAACGCUAUGAACCUUCAGACACAGCAAAAAUGUUGCAAGCAAUGACAUUUGAUGGUUUCCUGAUGUACCUGAGCUCAUCAGAGGGCUCCAUCUUCAACCCUACCAUGGUGGAACUGUCCCAGGACAUGACUCAGCCUCUCUGCCAUUACUUCAUUUCAUCUUCUCAUAACACAUACCUUCUGGAGGACCAAAUCAGAGGACAUAGCAGUGUGGAAGGCUAUAUACGAGCACUGAAACGUGGCUGUCGAUGUGUAGAAGUGGACUGCUGGGAUGGACCAAAUGGAGAACCAAUCGUCUACCAUGGACAUACGUUUACCUCCAAAAUCUUCUUCAAGGAUGUUGUUACUGUGCUGAGCAACUAUGCCUUCAAAGCAUCGCAGUACCCUGUCAUCCUGUCCAUUGAGAACCACUGCAGUGUAGAGCAGCAGAAAGUCAUGGCCCAACACCUCACCCAGAUCCUGGGAGACAAGCUGCUGAAAAGCACUUUAGAUGGAAAGAUUCCCAUCGGCCUCCCAUCCCCUGAGGAUCUGAAAGGGAAGAUUCUGUUGAAAGGAAAGAAGAUAGGUGGAUUAGAGGAUAGCAUGAAUGGGGUGGUGGAUGACCCUUUGACAGGAGAGGUGAGCGAUGAAGAGGAGACUGCUGAAAUUGAUGAUGACCAUCAUCGCACUGACAGCAUACGACAUAGAGGCAAGAAAUCCAAGAAGCGUCUGUCUAAAGAGCUGUCCGACUGUGUGGUUUACUGCAAGAGUGUCCACUUUAGCAGCUUUAAACAUUCACGAAUACACUCCAAGUUUUACGAGAUCUCCUCCUUCACGGAGUCUAAGGCCCGGAAACACAUAAGGGAGGCAGGAGCAGAGUUUGUUCUCCAUAACGCUCAUCAGUUGAGCCGGGUUUACCCCAGUGGCUUGAGAACUGACUCAUCCAACUUCAACCCACAGGACAUGUGGAACGCAGGGUGCCAAAUUGUUGCUCUGAACUUUCAGACCGCAGGGGUUGAGAUGGAUCUAAACGAUGGCUUAUUCAGUCAGAACGGGCAUUGUGGCUACGUACUGAAACCAGCGUUCAUGCGCAACAUUGAUGAGAGGUUUGACCCAGAAACCCCCCAAAACCGAGAUGGUUACAAUCCGCUUAGCCUGUCUAUACAGGUCAUCAGUGGCCAACAGCUUCCCAAGGUAAACAUCAAGGAGGGCUCAAUUGUUGAUCCCCUCGUUCGGGUGGAAAUUCAUGGCAUACAGCUGGACCAAGCCAAGCAGGAAACCAGAUACAUUGACAACAACGGUUUCAACCCGGUAUGGUACGACAUGCUUCAGUUCACCGUUCACGCCCCUGAGUUGGCGCUGGUUCGGUUUGUCGUGGAGGACUAUGAUAAAACAUCAAAGAACGACUUUGUGGGACAGUUCACUCUCCCUUUCACCUGUAUUCAACCAGGAUAUCGUCACAUCCAUCUCCUGUCUAAGGACGGCACCAGCAUACCUCCUUCCUCGCUUUUUGUUCACGUGCGGAUAACUAAACUAACGUAAAGCAAAGAGACUGAAUUUAAUGCUGUCUUACAUUGACACGUGCACAAAAGAAGCAAAAAUGCAACAAUUUCAAGUCUUCCCAGUCAACACUUGUUUGCAGAAUGCUGACAUCAUAAUGAAUACAAUUUUAAAAAUGUAUUAAAAUUCACACUUUUAAGGUAAAGUUGUGUUGCUAUAGAUUUAGUUCAUUUAUACGCCAAAUAAUUUUAUAGUUAUUUUAUUUACUUUAAAG